AUGGCCGAAAGAAAAAUAUUUGAUUUAUUCAAAACUGUUCCAGUUGUUGGUCAAGCGUAUGGUGUAGUUCGAGGCAUUGCUUAUGGUAUGAAAGGUGAUGAAGAUGAAACGAAACAUUCACUCGAGUUUGAUUUAACAAGUUUAAAUCCACUACGAAUGAUCAAAAGUGUUGGUAUGGGCAUCGUGAAUAUGACCAAUGAUCUCGACAAGGGCAUUUGGAUAGGAAGACGAAGUCUUGGCGAUCAACCGUUGAGUUUUUCAUUACUCCCCGGGACUGAUGCUUUCCAUUGGAGUAUUCAAAUCAAUGGAACCAUCUAUCAAUUACUUAAAACAAAUCAACAUGAUUAUAUUGAAAUUGAUAUAAGUUCACAAAACGAACAAUGUUCGGCGUAUGAAAAGGGCUGCAAAAGAUUUUCAUGGCAAUGUGUGCAUCUUAGAUCCAGUAUCGAUGAAACAACCCUUAGAAAUUAUGCAAAAUCAUUUGAAUCCUACAAAUAUAAAGCGAUAUUACCGGAUAUUAACGAAACGAUGAAUUGUCAGUUCUUUGUCAAACUAAUGUUUGCAAAAGCUGCUGGAAUAUCACAAAAAGAAGCAGCCACUGUGAUUCUUCUCAGCAUGCCCAAUUUCAUAUACUGA